CUCAACUGUGCACUCUUCUGAAAGAGGAACUGCUUUUUGGGGGGUGGGAAGGAUGAUGGGAACAAAAAGGAAAAGAAGUGCAGUCUGGAGGAAGAUCCAGACUCUUCGCUUUGAAGAUAUCAAAGUCUGGUGUAUGAGAAGGCUGCCCAUCUUGAAUUGGGUGCCCGUCUACAAUUGGAAGGAAAACUUGAUUCCUGAUACGGUUUCUGGGAUGAUGCUAGCCAUCCAACAGGUGACUCAAGGGUUGGCCUUUGCGGUUCUGUCUUCAGUCCAUCCAGUUUUUGGUUUAUAUGGCUCUUUCUUCCCUGUCAUUAUAUAUGCCAUAUUUGGAAUGGGACGUCAUGUUGCAACAGGAACUUUUGCUUUAACUUCUUUAAUAUCUGCCAAUGCAGUUGAGCGUCUUGUUCCUUCAGUCAGCACUAAUUUCACUACAAACAAUAAUUCAGGAAUUUUGGGCCUAUCAGAGUUUGAAAUGCAAAGGAUUGGAGUUGCAGCAGCUGUUUCAUUUCUAGGAGGAAUCAUUCAGGUAGCGAUGUUUAUGCUGCAGUUGGGCAGUGCCACUUUCUUGUUAACAGAACCAGUGAUAAGCGCAAUGACAACAGGAGCAGCUACUCACGUUGUGACUUCACAAGUGAAAUAUCUGCUGGGAAUGAAAAUGCCGUAUAUAUCGGGACCACUGGGCUUUUUUCAUAUUUAUGCCUACAUAUUUGAGAAUAUCAGAUCAGUUCAGGUGGAGGCUUUACUUCUCUCCUUGCUGAGCAUUGUGGUGCUUGUACUUGUUAAAGAACUGAAUGAGAAAUUUCAGAGAAACAUUAAAGUUGUUCUACCCAUCGAUCUAUUUUUGAUAAUCACUGCAUCUGUUGCUUGCUACUAUGCUGAUAUGGAAUACGUCUACAGGCUAGAAGUUGUGGGACAUAUUCCUAAAGGGUUACCAUCACCGAAAACACCACCCAUGAAUGUCCUGACUGAAGUAGUCACUGAAGCUUUUGGAGUAGCACUGGUUGGUUAUGUAGCAUCACUGGCUCUUGCCCAAGGCUCUGCUAAAAAGUUUAAAUACAGUGUGGAUGACAACCAGGAAUUUUUGGCUCAUGGCCUCAGCAACGUGAUUCCUUCAUUUUUCUUUUGCAUACCAAGUGCUGCAGCGAUGGGACGGACAGCACUUUUAUACAGUACGGGCGCCAAGACACAGGUGGCUUGCCUUAUCUCUUGUGUAUUAAUUCUUGUGGUGAUCUAUGCAAUUGGACCAAUGCUGUACUGGCUGCCUAUGUGUGUGCUAGCAAGCAUUAUUGUUGUGGGCUUGAAGGGGAUGCUAAUGCAGUUCCGUGACUUAAAAAAAUAUUGGAAUAUGGAUAAAAUAGACUGGAGCAUAUGGGUUAGUACCUACGUGUUUACAAUAUGCUUCGCUGCUAAUGUGGGACUGCUGUAUGGUGUUGCCUCCACUAUAGUAAUUGUGAUUUUCCGCUUUCCCAGAGCAAAGACACUGAAUUUGAAAAACAUGAAAGAAGUGGAAUAUAAAUACAAAACAGAAGAUAAUUGUGAAUCAUUAAAACAGGUAAAAAUAGUUUCAGUCAACAGCCCGUUAGUCUUUCUGAAUGCCAGGAAAUUUCACGCUGAUCUGAUAAAGAUAAUCCAAAAGGAUAGCACGAGCAGCCAGGCAUGUGAAGAUGUAAACAAGUGUGAGCAGAACACAUUGCUCUGUUCAUUUUCCAAUGGAAGCUGUCAUGGUGACGUGUUGCAGUCAUGUCACAGUGAGAGACGUGUUUUGGUAUUAGACUGCAGUGGAUUGAAUUUCUUUGACUACACUGGAGUCUCAGUGCUGCUUCAGAUUUACACGGACUGUAAAAACAGACACAUGGAUGUGUUGCUAGCACACUGCAAAGCUUCCUUGGUAAAAGCAAUGCAGUACGGUGGAAAUCUUGAAUCUGAAAAUCCUGUCUUCUUUGAAUCUAUUUCUUCGGCAAUUGAUGCCAUUCAAAUUCACAGGAAUUACAGCAAGUUCAGUGAACAGAGUGAAGUGUGAUGUCAACCCGUUGAAUAUGAGUAGUUUCAACUGUUCAUAUUCAGAAUGAAGUACACCACGGUUUCUCCUUAGCUUUUUUUUUCUCCAGGAGAUCUCAUAGAUGAUCUCUUGUAUGCCAUAUAUAUUUACUACAUUCAGUAAGGACAGAUCUGCCAUUCAGAAAAAAAAAUCUUUCAUCUGCCAUCACUCAGAGAAUGUUCAUGCAAUUGUUCUAUAGUGGUUUUAUAUAAUAUUUUUAUAUACAUUUAUCUACAAAGUAUUUGAAGCAGACAUGAAGUACUUACUGUGUUUAGCAGUGAAGUAUAUUCUUUUAGAUAUCUUCUAUUGUAACAUUAGUUGUAAUAUGCAUCUGUAGUUUUGUGUAUGGAAUAAUGAGAUAUUAUGAAUUCUAAAAAACAGUGUGUUAUAACUGAUAUGAUAUAUACAGGAAACCAUAUACCAGUGCAUACGGUUUCUAGUGGCUUUACUUACCCUUUCUUCUAUUUGAGACAGCCAUUUGCAAUAACAGCAUCCUAUCGCAGCUAACAUAUGCUUACAUUUUUUGUACCUGGCUUUGUAUGCUUUUUAACAGCUACCAAGUGGGAGCACUAUGUAUUCAGAGAAAGCAGAUGUAUGUUGGUUACAUGCACUGCAUUGUGUUCCCCUCUAAUAGUUGUCAUGAGUUAUUAUUAUGGUUUGCUACAUUUUCAAAGCCACAGGUAUACUUUAGCUCAGAUUGAAGAGGAAAAACUGGUAAUAUUUUCCCCAAACUUGUUCUUGUUUUGAGCAUAGAGUAGUCUGCACUUCCAGUUUGAGCUGUGAUAUGUUUGGUGUUGAAAUCUUCAGCUGUGGCAGCUGAGAGAUGGCAGUGGAGAGAAACAUAAGGUAUGUGCCAUAUUUCAGCCCCAAUCCUGAUGUGCAGUCCUGUGUGCAAGCACACAAAUGGGGUGGAGGAAUUCACGGGUUGAGUUAUUUGGCUUGUAAUUAUGGAUUCCCAGCACUCACACUAGAUUAUGCUAUCAUAUCAGUAUCAUGUUAUGUGGCAACAUGUAUGACUUUUUUCCUCUUGCCUUUUUUUCCAUACAUGAACACUAGCAGUAAAAUGUGAAUUGAGCAAAAACUAGUUGAAAAAUGAGGAAGGAUGAGGAAGUACAAUUUUUCCUCACUGACUUAAAAAAACUGUGGAAGCUAAAAGGUAAAUGAAUAUGGCACAGCCGUAAUGGCCAUCUUAGAACUACAGAAAAGAGAGAAGUACAAAGGUACUUUGUGCAGCUGGAGUAUAUAGGCAAAAUCUAAUGCUAAGCAUCCUGUUUUUAGCAGCAGUUACACAUGUACGCUUGUCUGGAGACUCCUUGCUCCACCUGCCCAAAGCAGCUGCCUGCAGUAGAUGAGGUGGCUCAUGGAGUGAGUCAUUUCCACACCUCUGCAUAAUUCUGUUGAGGCAUCAAUAGGCUUUUCUUCUGGUCUUGGAGAUUCCACACUACUAGAAGACAAUAGGAAAGAACCAUGGGGAUUUUUACCCUUUCAGCUAUAGGUGACUAUUUGAGUUAUUCCCCACUUUGUCCCUGGAUGACCAGAACUGUUCUGUAUGCGUCCUUCUGAGACUGCUUUAAGAAUUGCUGGGCAAGAUGUUGAUUAGUAACUGUGAGAAACUUGACAUACACAGGAGAAAUAAGUUCUGUACAUUGUCACAAGCACAUUCAUUUCAGAUGCUGUAGUUGAUUGCAUAUGAUCCAUUACAUCCUCAAGCUCAAUAACAAGAUAUAAUAUUUGAUUAAUAAUUUCCUCAAACAAUUUUAGUAAUUUAUUAACACCUUAUAAACUAUUUACUACUAUUUACUACUUUCAUUGUAGAAACAUCAAUUUUAUGUCACAGCUGAAUGAAGAUCUCUACUUAAGUGCAAAGUGAAUAAAUAAACGGUAUCUUUUCUACUAAGUUCAGUAUUUAUUCUUUGAUGGCUAAAUGUUUUUUUUUUUUUUCUGAAAAUUUAUAGAUGAGUUGAUCAAUGAAAUUUUUUAAUAUAGGCUCUUUAGAAAAGAUAGCAUCUACCAGGAUACUUUCGGUUUUGUUCUGAAUAAUCUUGUAAAUGGAACAACACAGAUACUUCUAAAAUUCUUUGUAGUAUUAGCCCUUGAUGAAACCCUCUUCACCUCUGCAUUAAAUUAAUAAUUCUGUAGUACUAAUAAAAAUGUCUUCCAAUUUCCACUGCUUUAAAUACGAAUAACUUUUUCACAGCUAAAUGGCUGGUUUGGGAUGGACAAUUAUUUCCCAUUAGCUCAAAGUCUUGUGACACACUGUCAUUUUUAAAAGUGUUUAAUCACUGUAAGGCUUCAAAUUCAAAAUAUCUUAAUUCUGUGAUUACUGCUUGAUGGUGUCUCAGGGCAGAAUCAGGGAUGAAAUAUAUUUCUUCCCUUAAAACAUUUAAUCAUAACUUUAAAUUUCUGAAUAUUCCAACAUUGGGCUUUGGGAUACUUGUAAUAUUCCUGUAAUUUAAUUUACCAUAUAUAAUUAGCCUGAAUUUCUUUCUAUUUCUGAGAAUAUACAUUGUUACUUAGAUUCCUUUUCUGGCAAGUGGCACCACUUUGGAUUGUUGUUUCUCAGAAGAACAAAGCAUUCAAGGGACCCGUGAAGGUAGCUGCCCUUUCAAUUGCUUCUGAAGUACCUGUACUUUGUCAGGCCAGAACUACUUUACAGAAGCAUGGUUAGUGGGGUGUGGGAGGGUCACUUCUUUUUUACCAUUGACCUAGGAGGACAAAUUGCUUCAAUACUGUUACAGUUUCUGUUUCUCCACCACUACUCCUCUGAGCCAUUCAUGUUUUCUAAAACUGGUAAUUGCACAUUGGCUGUCUUCAGAUGACCUGGAUGACAUGCCAUCAGAUCUCAUGCACCAGUGACUGAUCGCCUGCAGAUCACCGGUCGCUCUGCUGGUGGGCUGAGAGUUGCUUAGUGUCUUGCCGGAGUUGCUCUGCAAAUCUCUGGUGAUGUGUUUGCUUCACUUGCAGAGUCAACUGACAAACAACUGCUUGAUUCUUUGGUGAAGAUUUAAGGAAGCACCCUAAACCUUCUAAAUUAAGUUCUGGAGUUUACUGUCAAUUUCAACCCUUUCCUCAGUGCUUCUUUGUAUAGACUGUCCACUGGCUUCCCUCUGGCUCUCAGGAAGAAUUACUAUAAACCAAAUCAUCCCAAUUAUCUUUAGAAUAGAAUAGAAUAGAAUAGAAUAGAA